AUGCUGGGAGACAUGUAUGAAUAUGUGCCCAUCCUCCAGGACUGGUGGCAUGCAGACGGGUACUGCCAGCAGCGCUUCGCUCGGUUGCCAUCUGAGCUGGCAUCUCUUGGGGAAAAGCUGCAGUCCUACCAAGUCCAGAGCGCAGUCUGGAUGGAUGACCAGGAGGUGUUCCUGCAGAAGCCGAAGCAGAGGCGUGAGUAGAGAUAUGCUGCACUAUUGAACCUAAGAUAAGCCUGCUAGAUCAGGUCAAUGGCCCACCUGAUCCAGCAACCGGCUCUCACAGUACCAUGUGCACCUAGACGCCUGUGGGAAACCAGGGAGCAGAACAUGAGACCAGAGCCCUCUCGCUCCCCCCCUGUGGUUUCCAGGAACUGGUAUUCAGAAGCAUGGCUGCCCCCAAGUGUGGAGGGCAGAGCACAGCCAUACUGGCUAGUAGCCAUUGACAGCCCUCUCCUCCUCUUCCUCCUCUUCCUCCUCCUUCUCCUCCUCCUCCUCCUCCUUCUCCUCCUCCUCCGUCUCCUCCUCCUCCUCCUCCUCCUCCAGGAAUUGGUCCAAUCCUCUUUUAAAGGCAUCCAUGUUGGUGGCCAUCAGAGUUCCAUAGCUUAAUUAUCCACACUGCAAGAAGAAGGGCUUUCCUUUUAUCUGUCCUGAAUAUUCCACCAUUCAGCUUCACUGGAUGACCACAAGUUCCAUAAAAUUUUCUCUCUCACUUUCUGGCCAUGCAUAAUUUUUAUAAAAAUCCUAUCAUGUAACCCUUCCUUGCUUUUUCUCUAAAACUAAAAAGUCCCAAAUAUGGCAACCUUUAUUCAUACAGAAAUCACUCCAUCCCAUAGAACACCUGGGUUGCCCUUUUCUGAACUUUUUCCAACUCUACAACGUGCUUUUUGAUGUGAGGCAACCAGAACUGUUUUAAAUGUUGGGUCCUUGGUCACAUCCCCAUCUCUCUCCCCCACCCCCAGGAAACAUCUCCGCACCAAUUCUGGUCUUCAAGAACAAAACAGACACAAAGUUUGUGAAGGUCUUAGCCGACUUCCCAGAGAUGCCCACUGUGAGUGCCUGCGCCCACGUCCAGUGGGACCCUGAGGCUGUGGAGAUCUCCACUGUCUUCUCCUAUGCGGUCCCGUCUUUGAUCAAUGAGUUCAAGUUGCAUGGCUUCAUCGACGAGGAUGGCUUCAUCAGGUUUGCCAUCAUCCUCCAUGGGCACCACUCCCCGUGCCUGCCAGUUUUUCGUGCCGAUGGGCAGUGGCACCACUUCUGUGUCACAUGGCAGCAUCAGAAUCGGGCAUGGGCCAUCCAUGCUGACGGGAAGGAGAAGGCCUCAGCCACAGGGCUUUCAGCCUCCCAUGCCGUGGAUGGCCACGGGACGUUCAUUAUCAGGCAAGAUCAGGACUCCCUGGGUGGGGCCUUCAAAGAGAAAGAGUCCUUCAGUGGGAACCUCACUGGUUUGCAUGUUUGGGAGAGGGUCCUCAGCAGGGAGCAGAUGGAGAAAGUGCGUUCCUGCAUCCCUAUUCAAGAGAGCCUCGUGUUUGCCUGGAGCAGCGACAUCCUUGAGGUGGAAGCGAGCAUCCAGUAG